CGAACCACGACGAUCUAUACAGAAUAGCUUAUCGUCGGCCUUGCAGAACGCUCAAUUGCCUGCCUUACUGGGCCAUGAUAACGACAACAUUGUUCAGGCGCAUACCCAAUUCGCGGGCUUGCAUACCCCAACGAUGCGUCCGCAAUCAGCUCGGAUCUAAUCAGGUGCGACGACAUACAAGCUCAUCAUGGGCAAACCGAACCGAGGAGAUCAAAUCCGGCCGUGAACAGAGCAUGCUCGCGAUUCUAGAAGAGAGAGGCUUCGUGAAGGAUGUAGCAGGCGGCCGCAAAGCACUCGACUGGCUAUUGACCGAAAAGCCCAUCGGGGCGUAUGUUGGUGUAGACCCCACGGCUCCUUCCUUACAUGUUGGGCACCUCCUCCCGCUCAUGGCGCUUUACUGGAUGUACCUACAUGGGUUCUAUGCUGUUACUUUGCUGGGCAAUGGGACCGUGAAAAUCGGCGAUCCUUCCGGUAGGACUACGGCACGCAGUCGACAGUCGGAGGAAAUACACAGAUUGAACAUUGCCAGCAUCCACACACAAUUGAAACAGCUAUGGGUCCACGUGAAUGCCCUUGGGGCGAAGCACCGACCCGCUACAGAGGUUGUCCGACGGAAGGACAUAUUGACAAACGACACCUGGCUGAGCAAGCUGAGCGCAGUGGAUCUGAUGAGAGGUCUCGGAUCAGGGAUGAGGCUGGGAACCAUGUUGAAUAGAGACUCUGUUAAAAUGCGCAUGGAGAACGGCGAUGGCAUGGCGAUAUCCGAGUUCAGUUACCCGCUCUUUCAAGGUUAUGAUUGGUGGCAUAUGUACGCAAACAACGGUGUACAGAUGCAGCUGGGCGGAUCCGAUCAAUAUGGAAACAUAUGUGCUGGCAUGGAUGCCAUUGGUCAUAUGCGUAGCAUAACAUACGAGGACACUCAUUCUACUAGGGAAGAUGAUCUAUUGAAGGGCGCGUUUGGUCUGACGACACCCUUGUUGACCACAGCUUCUGGCGAGAAAUUCGGAAAGAGCGCUGGCAAUGCAGUUUGGCUCGACAAAGAUAUGUUAAGCUCUUUUGAUUUGUACCAGUAUUUCUUGCGUACCGCCGAUGACGAUGUUGAGCGAUAUCUCAAGCUCUUUACGUUCAUCCCAGUCGACUCGAUAUCUGCUGUUAUGUCACAGCAAACACGGGAUGCCUCUAGACGUUUGGCUCAACAUCUUCUGGCCAAAGAAGUUGUGGAACUUGCUCAUGGAGCUGCAGCUGCCCGACAAGCUGAGAUUUCACACAAGGAGACGUUCAGCCACGGCACCAAUGUAUUUUCGCUAGGAGCCUUGAGGCACGCCCUCAACGGUGCUGCCAAUUUCAUGACUACUAUGCCCAAAUCAACCAACAAACAAAGCCCAGAGAAAGAUUCACUAGAACAAAGUAUUCUGAAGUAUAAGAAGGAAUACGCAUCGACCCCCACCUCUUCCAACUCAACUGCUUCUGUGGACAGCAGCAAGGAAGACCGCAGUACUGACAACUACAUCACGCUCCCCAAAAGCCUGCUUUCGCCAGGAUCAUUCCCACAAGUCUUGCAUGCCGCAGGCCUUGUGUCGUCGAAAAGCGAAGGCCAUCGCCUGAUCAAAAGCAAAGGUGCAUAUGUCGUGCAGCCUAAUUCGGGAUCCCCUGGAGACCCAUAUGCCCUAAAAUGGGUAGCCAUCCGAGAUAAUGUCCCUUCAACCGAUCCGAAUCAUUAUCUCAUUGAUUACGAGGCUCUUGUUCUUCGCUCAGGCAAGUCAAAGGUACAGAUUUGUCGGAUUGUUGAUGAUGAUCAAAGUGCACCCAAAGCCUAGUGUUGCAUGCAUGAUCGCACAGGGCAAAGGGCAACGUAGCGGGGCAUCAUAUGUAAUAUUAGGUGUACGACGAUAUUCGCAAGCUGUACUAUAUACAAUGAGGCAUGACUUCGACUGCAGGGAUGAGUAUAUGAAUGAUCGGAACCCAUUGUUGCACUCAAAUUAAACCUGCUACGCCUCUCAAUGUGUCCAAUUCUUGGUACGGCGAUAGUAUUUUGAUUCGUAUGUAACGAUAUGUAGCAAAGUUGUUACGGUCCGGCAUUCAUGAAUAGAUCAGACAGUGUCCGCCCUG